CUUCCUCACUACACCAUGGUCCGCGGUUCUGACAUCCUCAUCGCGCUCAUCGCCAUCAUCUUCCCACCCGCAGCGGUGGCCAUGAUGACCAGCUGCAGCUGCGACCUCAUGAUCAACAUUGCCUUGACUCUUCUGGGCUACCUCCCAGGUCACAUCCACGCGUUCUGGAUCCUCUACAAGAAGAUGCGCGCAGAGGAGAUGUACGGCGCAACCGGGUACAUCUACGUCGGCAACGGCGAGUACCAGCCGUCCAACGACCCGCGUCCUCCUCCCCCUCACUACGGCCAGAACUAUGGUGCCACCGGCCAGCGCUACUAGGCUUGAGCCGCAUACGCGACCCGCGCCUGAAUGCGAUAUUUUCACGAAUCCCACAGCCUUGUUCGCCGCGCAUUUUUCCGCACAGGGCACUGUUUGAAACCCGAGAUUUGUUGAUACAGAGCGGUGCGCCCCACACGCCCGGAAGGUCCCUCUAUGCUAUGCACACUGUUGACACGAACCAUGGUUAUGAAAGGGUUGAUUUUUUUCCGCAUGCAAAGGCAAGACUUUGAGACACUUCGUGACAUGAUGCAAGUGCGCU